CUGGGAUUUGGUGGUGGGUCAGGGGCUAGCUAUGGACGUGGUGUAUUCACAAAGAGAGAGUCUGGCAUACAACCACGAUUACAUCAACUCGGACGAUGAAAACCUUGUUUGGAACAAUAGCUGUGAACCGGACGUCAAAUCAGAAAAAACAAAUCCAGUUUCACCAAUUUCCAAAGAAGAGAUCAAGAAAAGUAUAAUUCAAAAGUGUCACAAGUUAGCUAAGUUGACUGGAUGUAGUCUCUUUAUAAAGAUAACAGACCAUGAAGAUGAUGAAUCGCAAUAUUAUGGUACUUACGACUAUGUUCGAGAUUACCAGGACAACGAAUUAAGACCAGAUGAAAGAGAUGUUGCUGUGUCAGGAGAAUCUGGUGUUGCAAUUACGUUUGCAGACAUCUGCACUCAACAGCCGUGGAAUAUGUUCAUGUGGACUCUCAAUGACAGCAACAAACUAUCGAUGAUUUCGCACCAAAAUGACACAGAUGUGCCCGACAAUAAUGAUCCAGAGGAAUGUAAUGAAAAACUUUCAGAGACUGACUCGCAGAAAACUGAGAGUGCCAAUGAAGAAGAAAUGAACGUUGACAAUUUCCAAGAUGACAUCGUCAACGAUAUCGAUUUGGAUUUCGACCAUCAGAGUAAACCGGAAGAUCUCUCCCAAAAAAAAGAUGACAAUGAGAGUGAAGAAUAUAAACCUGCAAAAUUAAGUACUCUUCCUGUCAACUGUGUUUCUCCUACAACAACUGCUUCCACACUAAUCAUGUCAACUCCGACACCUGCUGUUCUCUCGCGGCGAGAGCAUGACAACCUAUUGAGCUGUCUUCCCAAGUUAGACAGUGUAGGUGGGUUAGUGGGAGAAUCAAGGUGAGACGUUGCAUGCUAGUUUACUGUCUUAUAAUAUGUUUUUAGAUC